AUGGCGAUUGAAGCAUGCAAAAACAAAGUGAAAGUGAUGAUGCUGGAGCGCGACGAGGCCGUGGACAGGGCCGAAAACCUCGAGUUGCAGCUGCGACAAAUGGAAGAAGAUCGAAACCGGAUCCAAGAGGAUCUUAACUUUCUCCAAAAGAAAUACGGCACGCUAGAACGGGAAAACGACGACCUGAACGAGACACUGUCCCGUUACCACGAGCUUCAGGAAGACAAGAAAAAAGUGGACGAUGAGUUACUGUGGAUGCAGAAAAAAUACGGAAACCUGGAGCGAGACUUCGACGACGUGACGCAUCAGCUAGAGAAGGCACAGGACAUGAUGAGGUUCACAGAGGAGAAGCUGGCCGACACCGAAAGCGAAUCCCAAAGUUUGAAUCGGCGCAUUCAGUUGUUACAGUUAGAUUUGGAGAGGUCCGAACAGCAGUUGGAAGAGAAACGCGUCCAGGCCGAUUGCGAUUUUGAAAAGCUAAAAAGCGCCGAAUCGCGGGCACAAGAGGCGGAGAGAACGGUAGAUAAAUUAGAAGCAGAGAUUGAAAAAUUUUCUCGCGAGUUAGAUGUCGAAAAAGAUAAGUACAUCCAAUUGUGCAAAGACCUUGACGAUGCCUACACUGAGUGCCUCGGAUAA